AUGACGAUAUGUUUUGUUUUUGAUUGCAACCACCAAGGGUUGAGGAAAACAUGUAAGAUGUUUCGCUUCCCAGCCAGCUCCGCACUGGCGAAGAAAUGGGAAAUACUUUGCAGGGGUAAGGAUAGAAGCAUGAUCCCCCAGAAUGACAGGAUCUGCAGCUGUCACUUUGUAGAUGGCGAGAAGAGUAAUGGCCCCACCCUCUUCCCAUUGAAUAGUGGAAAAAUGUUCAACUUUCCAGAUCCGAGCAAAUUAAAGAGAACUGAAAAAAGAGAGAUCAAAGAAAAGGCAGUCUCUGAAGACCAGUGUGAAUCUACUGCAAUGUCAUGUCAACCAUCCCAUGUUUCUCUAGACCACUCCUAUCAGGCUUCAUAUCAUCAAUUAAAAGAAGAGAAUCAGAAUUUGCGGCGUGAAGUUGAAGAACUAAGAAUACAGGUCAGGAUGAUGUCAACAAAGCGUGCUUUCAGGAUUGGUGAUAUCUUGAAUGAUGAGAGAAAGGUACGCUUUGGAAAAUAGGUAGUGUAAAUAUAUCAAACACUACAUCUAUAUUACAAGUUUAUUUUAGUGUUUAUACUGUAAACAGCAUAUAUAAGAUAAAUAAGUUUCAUUUUGUAAUCAUUCAAAAUAGACAUUAAAUAAAAUUUCAGCUAUAAAAAGCUUUUUAAAAUGUUUAAAUUUAUAGUUGAUAAUCUCCUGUCAUAAAAAUAAGCUAUGCUCAUGCAUAUCUUUGAACACGAUACUUUGUGGUUAAGUAUUUUCAUUUCAGUUGACAUGUUUAUUGUGAUGAUGGGCCAACUGCUGGACAGUUCAUCAGCCGGUGAUAAAUGACUGGAUAAGUGCUAGAACAUGCAAUGUCAGGAAAAUAUCUUGUAAAAUUAUUUAAUUGAAAUACUGCUGGGCAGUAUUUUUAUGGGCAAAUAAAUUUGAAUAAUGA